UUUUGUUGUCUAAUCAUGGUAAAUAAUAGUGGAUCUCUUCCUCCUCCCUGUUUCCAGGAAGAGACGAGGCUUGAUGUGCUGAUCAAUAAUGCUGGAAUCUUUCAGUGCCCUUAUAUGAAAACUGAGGAUGGUUUUGAGAUGCAGUUUGGGGUGAAUCACCUGGGACAUUUCCUGCUGACUAACCUCCUUCUUGAUCUCCUCAAAAGAUCAGCCCCAAGCAGGAUCGUAGUGGUGUCUUCCAAACUCUACAAGUAUGGUGAGAUCAACUUCGAUGAUCUGAAUAGCGAGAAGAACUAUAACAAGAGUUUUAGUUACAGCAGAAGCAAGCUGGCCAAUAUCCUGUUCACUCAUGAACUGGAUAAACGUCUGGUGGGCACUGGUGUAACUGUUAACGUGUUACAUCCAGGCAUUGUGCGCACAAACCUGGAACAUAUUAAUAUCCCUAUGCUUGGAAUGCCACUCUUCAAAAUGGUUUCCUGGGCUUUCUUUAAAACUCCAUUGCAAGGAGCAGAGACACCACUUUACCUGGCUACAGCUCCUGAAGUGAAGCAAGUGUCCGGGAAGUAUUUUGGAGACUGCAAAGAGGAGGAAUUGUUGCCAAAAGCAAAGGAUGAUGCAGUUGCAAAGAAAUUGUGGAAGUCAGUGAAAGAAUGGUUGGGAUUGACUUAAUUUGAUAACUUGAUGCCAAUAAUCCAAUGUGUUAACUUGAAUUCAGAUAUUAACUUUGUGUGAAUUGUGGUUUAAGUGAAUAAGAACAUCUAUAUAUAUAUAAUUGUUAAAUGCAGCCAGAAAAAAACUGUUUCUUUCAAGUUGAAAAUUCCACAUCAGGAUGUAAUAAAAUAAGUGUUAACAUGAUUUACCUGACAUUGAAUGUUUUCAAGCAAAU